AGCAUCCAGUGUAGCUCUGUUCUUAGAGUUACUCGCGUCGGAUAUUUCUUUUUUUGUUUUCACUAUUCGAGACGGCGAGGGUUGAAAUUUUCAAUUCCUCGUUAAAAAAAAAAAAAAAAACUCCUAUAUAUAAAUUUUCAAAUGCAAUUGUAACUUUUUUUUAUUUUUUUGAUAUAAAAAAUGUAGUCGCAGGGAAAUAUUUCUUUUUUUCUCCAUAACAUCAGUGAGAAUAUAAGUCAUCGCUCACCUAGAAAAGGAUUUCCUUUUUUUUUCCUUUUCUUCAAUGCGUCCCGAGAAUAUUAUUUUUCAAUGUGAUUUUCACUUUCUUUUUUUUGGGUAUUAUUUUUUUUCUCGAUAGAUAAAAUGUGAAUCUUUGAGGUUCAGUGUACGGGUAAAAUUUGAACAAUGAAUAGUGGUGAAUCGAGAGUGACCUUGACGUAUAGGACAUCGUCAAUUCUGGACUUAAAAAGUUUAUAAUUAAAGCCAAUAAAAGGUGUUUAAUAAAAAAAAAAAAGAAGAAAAAGAGGAGGAACCCUAAGGGGGGGAAGGGGGAAAGUGAAUCUCGGCCUUUUAAAAAAAGGCCGAGAGGUGUUCCAAGUGCAAAAUGAGGUCGAACCCUUACGACUUAUCGUGUCGCAAUUUCUUUACUCUUAUCUACAUCAUCUGUACUCUAUGUGCAGAAACAUCAAUUUCGGUGGAGACUUCGACACACCAGACAGUGAAUAGAGGAGCGGCUAGGCAAAUAUACGGAAGUGGAAGCUUGAGACAGACCGGAAGUAGUCCAAUCCUUGUGGGAACAACUACAACUCCAAGUUUGCCAAAGGGCAAGGAAAAGGAAGAUAAUAAAAACUCUAUUCGUCAAGAGGACAAACAAAAAGCUCAUGAACAUCGUCCCGAAGUUGAAGAGUACCCUUACGAAACAUAUGGGGGUUACGGCUAUGGGAGUACAGUUGGACGAACACAUCAAAAAACUCAAUCACAAUUACCACCGGGUUUUUUGGGAAAUCCAAGAUCGCCAAUAUUCCCUCCAGAUUAUACACAUUCAGAUGAAUUACCAAGUUUUAGAAAUGGAGCGCCAGUUAAUGGGUUAGGAGCCCAUCAUUCUGGAAGAGGGGGAGGUGGUAGUGGUGGUGGUGGUUUUUAUGGACCAUACGGCGUGGGACAAGGAAUUGACAGGGGAAGAAUAAGAGGGGUACCUUAUGGUGGCUACGACAGUGGAGCGUACGAAAUGGGUGGGUAUGCAGAAGUUGAUCACAGCAGAGUACGAAGUGGUUUGACUCGUGGUGGUUCUGGUUCAAAGUUGAAUUUCAAUAAACGCCUUGGUCAGGAUUUAAUACCCCUCAUUCAAGAAUUGGAUGACGAAGGCGAUAUGAAGGAUUCCCUUUCUCUAACAUGCGCUUGGCUUUGUAAUCGAGAUCAAUUUUUAUGUCGGAAUUCUUGUACCUGUAUCAGUCUCGAGGCACGUUGCGAUGGUCAGACGGAUUGUGAUGGCUCCGAGGACGAGAAUGAGUGUGAUGAAAUUUUCGAAUCGAAAAAUUCCAAUGGCACAUGCUAUGGGGAAAGAAGUGUUCUUUGCCCGGAAACCGGAAGGUGUAUCGCCAAACAUUGGCUCUGUGAUGGGGACGAUGAUUGUGGCGAUUUUUCCGACGAAUCUCAUUGUGGAACUCACAUGAAUUGCACUGAGGAUCAAUUUGAGUGUAGAAAUGGUCUUUGUAUUCAACAAUCUUGGCGUUGUGAUGGUGACAAUGAUUGUAAGGAUUUUUCUGACGAAGACAAUUGCGGUGGAAAGAGAAAAUGUAACGAUAACGAAUUUUCAUGUAUGGAUGGAACUUGUAUUUUGAAUAACUACAGAUGCGAUGGGGAAAAUGAUUGUGCUGACGGAUCAGAUGAACUCAAAUGUGAAAUAGCUGAAGUGAAUUGUAAGGAGAACGAGUUCAAGUGCACUUAUCCGAGGUGCAUUUCUCAAGAAUAUAGAUGCGAUGGGGACGACGACUGUGGGGAUCGAAGUGAUGAAGAUAAUUGUGAAAAUCUUGUUGGAGUUAGUUGUAACGCUAAUGAAUUUAGAUGUAAUAGUGGCAAGUGUAUAAGCAGAACAUGGGUUUGUGAUAAGGAGGCCGAUUGUCAGGGUAAAGAAGACGAAGAUAUGUGUGAGCAUCAAACACCAAAGGAAUGCUCUCAGGAAGAAUUUACAUGCUCUACAGGCUCAUGUGUACCUCGUCUAUGGGUUUGUGAUGGAGUGCCCGAUUGUACAAAUGGAGAAGAUGAACAAGGCUGUGCAGUUACUUGUGAUGCAACUCAAUAUCUUUGUAAAAAUUCUCAACCAGGAAACGAUUCUCAUUAUGUAUUCCAUCAUUAUCAUCGCGAUUGCAUUAGUGUUAAACAUGUUUGCGAUGGAGUGCCCGAUUGUCCUGAAAAAGAUGAUGAGAUGAAUUGUCCUCAAAAACGUAAUUGCACAAGUGAAGACAAAUGCUCACAAAAAUGUAUUUUAACUGUAGAUAAUAAAAAAGCUUGUACAUGUGAUGCGGGAUUUAUUUUGGGAGCGGAUAAUGUCACAUGCCACGACAUCAAUGAAUGUGAAUUCGAAAAGGAUCCGGUUUGUAGUCAAAAAUGCCAAAACAUAAUAGGAACAUUUAAGUGUGGCUGUUUACCGGGAUAUGUUCUUAGACCAGAUUUAAGAACCUGUAAAGCCCUAGGAGCAAAUCCGACUUUAUUAUUCGCAAAUAGAGUCGAUAUAAGACAAGUGAGUAUGACGAGUCCAAAAUACACAUCAGUUUUGAAGGGACUUCAUAAUGCCAUUGCUUUGGAUUAUCAUUACAAGAGGAGUACUAUUUAUUGGUCUGACGUUUCAAUGGAUGUAAUUCGAAAAGUUUUUGUCAACGGAACUGGAGCAGAAGAUGUUGUUCGAUGGGGUCUUCAAUCUCCCGGUGGAGUUGCCAUCGAUUGGAUUCAUGAUCUUCUCUUUUGGACCGAUUCCGGAACAAGAAGAGUCGAAGUUAUUACACUCGAUACAAAAGUGAGACAUGUACUUAUUUCAAACGAUAUCGAAAAACCGAGAGCUAUUGCGGUUCAUCCAAAUUUUGGUUACGUUUAUUGGACCGAUUGGGGACUAAAUCCUAAAAUUGAACGCGCCAAUAUGGAUGGAUCGGAUAGAAGAGAAGUAAUAAGAGAAUCAAUAUUUUGGCCAAAUGGAUUAACAAUUGAUUAUACGACUGAUCGAAUUUAUUGGACAGAUGCAAAACAUCAUGCAAUUGAAUCAUCUCAUCUUGAUGGUUCAGAUAGAAAGAAAAUGAUUAGUAAAGGUCUACCACAUCCUUUUGCAAUCACUGUUUUCGAAGAUUUACUCUAUUGGACCGAUUGGCAUUUAAAGAGUAUCUCUUCAGCAAAUAAGGCAAGUGGCAGAGGAUUUAAAACAAUUCAUUCUGGUCUUCAUUUUCCAAUGGAUCUUCAUAGUUAUCAUCCUCAACGUCAACCAGACUAUGCCAAUCAUUGUGGAAAAGAUAAUGGCAAAUGUUCACACAUGUGUCUUCCUAAUAAUACUGGUUACAGUUGUGUUUGUCCCGUGGGUUUGAAAAUAAAUCGUGAUGGAAAAACAUGUGCCAAUGUACUUGAUAAUAUACUGAUAUUCACGAGGAAAAAAGAUCUCAGAAUAAUGCCAAUUGAAGAAUCUGCAAGAGUCUAUGACAAUGUGAUUCCAGUUGAUCAUGUUCAAAGUGCCGUGGGUCUUACAUGGGAUUCGGAUGAGGAUACGAUUUAUUGGAGUGAUUUGGAGGCUGAUACGAUCAGUAGAGCUUUUUUGAAUGGCACCAAUCAAACUGCUAUUAUUAAUCAUAAUUUAGAAUCACCAGCCGGACUGGCAAUAGAUUGGAUUACGAGAAAGAUUUAUUGGACUGAUGCUGGGACAAAGAGGAUCGAAUGUGCGAAUCUAGAUGGAAGUAUGAGAUCUCUUUUGAUUCACGAAGGUCACGAUAAGCCAAGGGAUAUUAUUUUGGAUCCAACAACUGGUUACAUGUACUGGAGUGAUUGGGGCGAAAAAGGGAAGAUUGAAAAAGCCUCUAUGGACGGUACAGAUCGUAAAGUUCUUUUUGGAACCGAUCUCACCUGGCCCAAUGGAUUAGCUAUCGAUUUCGAUAAGAAGAGACUCUAUUGGACCGAUGCCGGUACUCAAAAAAUUGAAUACUCAACUCUCGAUGGCAAAGGCAGAACUGCUUUAAUUUCCUCAAAGGAAAUACUUCUUCAUCCAUUUGGACUUGUAGUACACAAGGAUAAAAUAUACUGGACCGAUUGGAAUACAAAAAGUAUUCAUCGAGCUGAUAAAGAAACGGGAAAGAAUGUCACUACUAUUAGAUCGAGUAUAUCGAGUCUUAUGGACGUGAGAGUUUUUCACAGGAAUCGAAGAAGCGUUAACAAUCCUUGCAAAUACAACAAUGGAAAUUGUUCCCAUUUAUGUCUUCUUGCUGCGAAUCCUAAACGAUUCAAAUGUGCAUGUCCUACUGGUCUUGUUUUAGGGCCCGAUGGUAAUACAUGUCCGGACGUUCCAAAUAAAUUUCUCCUAAUGGCACAUCGAGUGGAUAUUAGAAUUGUUUCCUUUGAUGUGAAUUAUGCACUGGACGUUGUUCUUCCAAUUUCGAAUUUGAAGAACGCUAGUGGUGUGGAUGUGAAUUUAGUGAAUGGCGAAAUCUUCUGGACCGAUCCUGGAGAAGAUGUUAUCAAAAAAACAAAUUUCAAUGGCAGUUUUGUGGAAACGGUGAUCAAUACUGGAAUUGACGUUGCCGAUAGUCUUAUUGUCGAUUCAAUUGGCAGAAAGCUCUACUGGACGGAUGCCGGUCUAAAUAGUAUUGAAGUAUGUGAACUCAAUGGAAAAAAUCGAAAAGUUCUCAUUUGGUCGGGAUUGGAUAAUCCUCGAGCAAUGGCAAUUCACUAUUCGGCGGGUCUUUUGUUUUGGUCAGAUUGGGGACAUAAUGCAAGAAUUGAAAGAGCCAAUAUGGAUGGAGAGAAACGAAUGUCAGUGGUUACGGAAAAUCUUGCCUGGCCCAAUGGUUUAUCAAUUGAUAUGGAAAGAGGUAAAAUCUAUUGGAAUGAUGCGAAGAAAAAAGUUAUUGAAUUUGCCGAUCUUGAUGGAAGAAAUAGAAAGAUUUUGAUUGAAAAAGUGGGACAUCCUUAUGGUCUCGCUGUUAUGGGUAACACUGUCUAUUGGAGCGAUUGGCAGGAGAAAGCUAUUCUUCAAACAGACAAAAAUAACGGCUCUGCUAAAGUUUUUAUCGAUAAGAUCGAAAGUGUUAUGGACAUAAGAGCGAUUGUCUGGUCAGACUUGACAAAAUCGGAAAAUGUCUGCGAGAAUAAUAAUGGUGGAUGUUCUCAUUUGUGUCUAAGAAAUCCUAAUGGAUAUUCUUGUGCUUGUCCAACUGGAAUCAAUAUCAAUGAUGAUAAAAAAACCUGUAACGUUACUCCAAAUAAUUUUUUGCUUUUUGCUACUAGAAAAACCCUUGAGAGAAUAUCACUUGACACACCAGAAAUGUGGAGUGUUUCUCUUCCAAUUGAAGAGGUUCACAAUGCAUUCUCUGUUGAUUUUCAUUGGCAGAAGAAAUUGAUAGUUUAUACUGAUGUCAAUCUAAGAAUUAUUAGGACUGUUAACAUGUUUAAUUUAUCGGACACAAGAACAAUUAUUUUUGGUUCGAAUAUGUCGGCACCUUUUGGUGUUGCGGUUGAUUGGAUUGCGGAUAAUCUUUAUUGGACCGAUAUGAAGAAUAGUUUAAUUGAAGUCGCUAAAUUCGAUGGUACUAGAAGGAAAAAACUUUUGGAUAAUUUAAAAGAUCCUCGAGCUCUAGCCUUAUUUCCAAAGGAGGGCUACAUGUUUUGGACGGAAUGGGGUGAUAAUCCAAAAAUUUUGAGAGCAUUUCUUGAUGGUUCUAGGAAAGAAACAAUAAUUCCUUCUGAUUUACAUUUUCCAAAUGGUUUAUCCAUUGACUAUACACGCAGAAAACUCUACUGGGCAGAUGCAUUGAAAGACCGAAUCGAAGUCUCUAAUCUUAAUGGUCGUUUUCGUGUAGCACUUAUCCCAGAUGCUGCGAAUCCUUUUGGUCUAACUCAAUAUGGGGAACACAUCUACUGGGCCGAUUGGUCUAGGGAAAUAAUUGAGCAAGCUGACAGGCUCAACGGUCAAAAUAGAAUUAGAUUCCGUCAUGCUUUGGGAAGUGUAACUGACGCAAAAGCUGUUUCUGCUGAUCGACAAGUAGGAUGGAAUCCAUGUGCGAUUGAAAACGGAUAUUGCAGUCAUUUAUGCUUUUACACAAGAAGCAGUUAUAAAUGUGCCUGCCCUGAUCAACCUGAUUCUCAUCCCUGUUUUACAUCUCCAUUAAAGGAGGUACCACUCAGAAAACCAGGAACAGAAAAUGACACAAACUAUGAUGAGGUAGAUGAGGAGGAAGAGGAAGAAGAACUUCGAAAAUCUGAUGUCGUGACAAAGACAUCAAUUCGAAAUCAUGGUGAUGAUAAAUUUAAGGAUCAUAAAUUCAAUCGAGAGAAGAGCUAUAGUCUGAAAACUGUCGUUAUUACAGUUGUGAUAAUGUUGAGCGUUACAUUGGCUAUUGUCAUAUUAAUUAUUUAUCUUCUAUGCCAAAGAAAGACAAAGCAAAAAAAAUAUCUCUACGUAAGCAGAAGAAAUGUUCUUACAUUUUCAAAUCCUAAUUAUAAUGCAUCAAGUGGAGAAAUUGGUCCAUCCAAUCAACAACAGGAUAAAAAGUCUUUCAUAUGGAAAAGACUCAAAUACGACAAAUCUCAGGAGAGAGUGUACGAAGAUAAUGGGCAGACUUCGAGCCCUGAAGUUGUCUCUUUGAUACCCCCUUUGGCGACCCCAAGCAGCAGUCGUGCAGCAUCCGUCACUCCCAAGGAAUCCUCUCCAUCAAUGGUACACGUCACACAACAAUCAGACAAAAAAACGAAAAAAAGUAAGAUGGGCUGUUCACUCAAUACUAGUUACUUUUAGAAAAUUCGAGAUUUUUUGUAUUUUUUAAAAACAAAAAAAGCGAUUUAAUUUUAAGAAAGGUGAUAUACGUUUAGUGAGAGUGAUCAUCCUAUUUACAAAAUAACUUUUUUUGUGUGGUAAUGUUUUUUUUAAAGUAAAAAAAUAAUGAAGAAAGAACAAAGCAAUGUUAAAAGAGGUUAUAAAAAGUUACUAGAGUUACAAGCAAGCAGGGUUGGGUAGCAACAAGUCAAAAAGAAGUUGAUUGGUUCGUUAACUUUCCGGAAAGUUACCAACCAAUCAACUUCUUUUUGACUUGUUGUUACCCAACCCUGCUUGCCACUCUAGUAACUUUUUUAUAACCUUUUAUUACAGUACUUUCUUCAUCACUAUUUACUUACCAAAAAAAAUUAAGAAAUUUUAUAAUUACCGCACAAAAAAAAAAAUUUUGAAAAAGUAAAUUAAAAAACACACGAAAACAAUGAAACGUCGUGCUCAGUCGCCAUCUUUCUCUACCUCAUCUCCAGAUUAGUGGCGCUGUUUUUUUUUUUCUUGUUAAACGCGGGAAAUUUAAAUCGAAUUUUCAAAUCCUGCAAUUAACAAAUAAGUUUCGAAUUUUUUGAACGAUAACAGGAUUCGAAAAAAUAAUAAUUUCAAAAAACAAAUAAUUCCAAUCAAGUAUUAAUUAAUUUUUUUAUCAUUCCGUGGUAAUAAAUGUGAUUUAUUAAUUUAUUAUUAAUUAUUAAUAUAAGACGCGUUGCGCUGGCGUCGGAGAAUAAUAAA